AGAGAGACAAGAGGAGGAAGGUCAAUACUCUGACAGAGCUGCCAGUGAAGUAUCCUCAAACCAUCACAAUCGUUACAAGCCUGUUACAUAUGAACUCAGGCAACGUAAAUCUAGAAGUUACAGAGAAGACAGUUCACCUGAAAAUGAUGAUGAUUAUCUAUUUUGUGAUGAGUGCAACAGAGAAUGGUUUGGUGAUUGUCCUUCUCAUGGACCACUUAUUCAUAUAAUGGAUACACAGGUUCCAAUGUACCCCUUAGACGCAGAAAGAGCAGCAAAAACGUUACCUAGUAUCUUCCGAAUAGGACCAUCUUCAAUACGAAAAGCAGGUUUGGGUGUGUGGACAACUACUUCACUUUCGCAACGUACAGUAUUAGGACCUUUUGAAGGAUCUCUUACUGAUACUGCUAAUGACGAAAGUUAUUGUUGGUUGGUCAAGGAGAAAGGUCGUCCUGCAGGAUUCAUAGACGCCAGUGACAGCAGCAUCUCCAAUUGGAUGCGGUUUGUAAACUGCUCACGUCACGAGAGGGAGCAAAAUCUUCUAGCGUUUCAGUACAAGAGGAGAAUAUACUACCGCACAACUCGUCUUGUACUACCUAAUGUAGAGCUGCUUGUGUGGUAUGGUGACGAAUUGGGGAAAGCUUUGGGCAUUGACAAGAAGAAAUACUGCAUUGAUAAAAAGUGCUCACGCGAGGUGUUCCAGUGCUCCAAGUGCAGGCUGUCAUUCUCCAGUGCAGCAUAUCAGGAACGACAUAACUGCAAGGGAAGACGCAUGCCUUUGAAAGUCAGCUGUACUACUCCAAUCAAGUAUGCUGUUGGAGACCUGUGCAAGAACAGUAAUGGUGGUGGCCUAGGGCAUGGUGCAACAAAUGGCUCUCCAUCUAAAAUAGAGAAUAACACAAAUCAGAUUUCAUACAGUCAGUCAAACACUUCUAGUCAGUCUCUGUGUGGUAAACAAGACUUCAGACACAAGAAUUUGAGUGAAACUAAUGUUUGGGAUGGCAAGAAAGACACACUACUAUCAACACAGAACAACUUAGAUAACACUUCAGGAUCAAUGGGUAAUCAUAUUACGGACAAUAUGGGGAGUCCAGGUAGUGGAAAGGGCUACAGCAAAUCAUUCUCUCGUAUCUCAAAUGUUCACAACCAUGAGAAAACUUGGCCAGAAGAACGCCCAUACAAGUGUACCACAUGUACAAGGUCUUUCUCUUGUGCUUCAAAUCUCCGUAAGCAUGAGGUAAUUCACACAGGGGAACGUCCAUACAAGUGCACCACCUGUAACAAGGCAUUCUAUCGAACCUCAGAUCUGCGUACGCAUGUGCGAAUUCACACAGGGGAACGUCCAUACAAGUGCACCAGCUGUAACAAAUCUUUCCAUUCCAGCUCAGGUCUCACUCAGCAUGAACGAAUUCACACAGGGGAAUGUCCAUAUAAAUGCACCACCUGUAACAAGGCUUUCCUUCGUACGUCAAGUCUCCGUUCACAUGAGCGUAUUCACACAGGAGAACACCCAUAUAUAUGCACCACCUGUAAUAUGGCAUUCUCUUUUGCUGGGAGUCUUAAGAGGCAUGAGCUUACUCACACAGGGGAAUGUCCAUACAAAUGCUCUACCUGUAACAAGGCAUUCUCUCAACUCUCAAAUCUCCAUAAACAUGAGCUAUUUCACAGAGGGGAAUGUCCAUACCAGUGUACCAUCUGUAAGAAGUUGUUCAGGUAUGCCUCAAAUUUCCGUAAGCAUGAGCGGACUCACACAGCAUAACAAGCCUUGUGUACCAAUAAUAUGUGAAAUUUAUGUUUUACUAAACGAACUUCAGUUGCUUACACUUGCUGUAGAAGUUAACAGACGAUGUUUUCCACAAGUCAUUCACAGUAUGUUGAGUGCUGUGUCUGAUAAUAAUGACUGAAAAAUUAAAUUACACUUCACCAUAUGUUGUAUCAUUCACAUAACAACAUACAUAAUUGUUAAUUAUCAUGCAAAUUGUGGAUUAAGUGUGCCUACUAUUGGGUGGAUCUGUGUUGUGUGAAAACUUUGCAGAGAUGCACAAACUGUCAUAGUCAAGUGACAAAAGUGUACCCCAAACUCAUGCUCUGUUAGUCAGAUAGUCCAUGCAUACUCGUACUCAUUGAUGUAAUUAACUCACUCAUCUUAGUAGUUGCUGCAGGUACUUGUUUUCCAUUUCUUAGCACAAUUGUAUUAUUAUAAAGGUGUUGAUAUUUGUGGAUUUGAGUAGAACCAGAACACAAGCUACACUGUCUGCAUGUACAGCUGAAGCGAUGAUUGUUGUUUGUGUGGCAUUAUUUAUGAAAACCAAGUGAAGUUAUUGUAAGUGGAACAUAUUCAUGACUGUAUCUAAUUGCUGGUAUUCAUUUCACUAGUUUCCUGAUAAUAUCAGUGUUUUGCAAUUGAGAUCUUUCAUCUGCAUGAAAAUGAGAAUACAUUAUGUAGAGUUGUAUAAAUAUGGAAAAAUUACAAUUUUAAUGGUUUAAGCUGUAGAUAUUUAUGAAUCAUAAUCUAUCAUGUGAGGUCUGAUUACAUGAAAUAUAUUUGUUCUUACUUUUUAUCACAGAAUGAAGAUUUAUCAGUGGGGAAA